GCACGCGCACUGCGGACCCGGCGGCCAAGCCCCGCCCCGUCACUAGUAACAACGGGCGGCGGCGGCGGCGCCCGUUCCCCUCCCCUGCCGGAACCGGCGCUGCCCCGCGUCGGCAUGAGGCCAGAGCGCGGCCGGCCGUCGCGGCGGGAGGCGGUUUGAGUUGAGCUUACUAACCGCAGCAAUGGUGCAGAAGUACCAAUCCCCCGUGCGGGUGUAUAAACACCCUUUUGAGCUAAUUAUGGCUGCAUAUGAAAGAAGGUUUCCUACAUGUCCUCUGAUCCCUAUGUUUGUAGCCAGUGACACUGUAAACGAAUACAAGAGUGAGGAUGAAGCUAUCCAUGUGAUUGAACGGCGCUGUAAGCUGGAUAUAGAUGCACCACGGCUAUUGAAAAAGAUUGCAGGAGUGGAUUAUGUCUACUUCAUCCAGAAGAAUUCUUUGAACAGACGAGAAAGGACUUUACAUAUAGAAGCCUACAAUGAAACCUUCUCUAAUAGAGUCAUCAUUAAUGAGCACUGCUCUUACACAGUUCAUCCUGACAAUGAAGACUGGACCUGUUUUGAGCAGUCAGCAAGUCUGGAUAUAAAAUCUUUCUUUGGUUUUGAAAGCACAGUGGAAAAGAUUGCCAUGAAGCAAUACACCAGCAAUAUUAAAAAGGGAAAAGAAAUAAUAGAAUACUACCUGAAGCAGCUGGAGGAAGAAGGAAUAACUUUUGUUCCUCGUUGGACUCCUCCUGUUGCAUGUAAAUCAGAGGGCAUUACAUCUCACCCAAGACGACCGGUUUCACCUGCUAUUAAUAUACCAGACUCUGCCACAAAGGAGGGCUUGAGCAAUAAGGAGAUCCUCAACACCUCAAGCAGUCCCUCAGAGCCCACAGCAGGAACGCCUGACGACAAGCUAGAUGCAGACUACAUCAAGAGGUAUCUGGGUGACUUGACCCCAAUGCAGGAAAGCUGCCUCAUUCGGUUGAGGCAAUGGCUCCAGGAGACUCACAAAGGCAAAAUCCCAAAGGAUGAGCACAUUUUAAGAUUCCUGCGUGCCCGGGACUUCAACAUUGAUAAAGCAAGAGAGAUCCUUUGCCAGUCGCUGACAUGGCGUAAGCAGCAUCAGGUAGACUAUAUUCUAGAUACCUGGAACCCUCCUCAAGUACUCCAGGAUUACUAUGCAGGAGGCUGGCAUCACCAUGACAAAGAUGGUCGCCCCUUGUAUGUGCUGAGAUUGGGACAGAUGGAUACCAAAGGCUUAGUGCGAGCUCUUGGGGAAGAGGCCUUGCUGCGCUACGUUCUUUCAAUAAAUGAAGAAGGACUGAGGCGAUGUGAGGAGAACACAAAAGUAUUUGGCAGGCCAAUAAGCUCUUGGACCUGUCUAGUAGAUCUGGAAGGUUUGAACAUGCGGCAUUUAUGGAGACCUGGUGUCAAAGCAUUGCUAAGAAUCAUUGAGGUGGUCGAAGCUAAUUACCCCGAGACUUUGGGUCGUCUUCUUAUCCUGAGAGCACCUCGAGUAUUCCCAGUUCUUUGGACACUGGUUAGUCCGUUCAUUGAUGACAACACUAGAAAGAAAUUCCUUAUUUAUGCUGGAAAUGACUACCAGGGUCCUGGGGGACUGCUGGAUUACAUCGAUAAAGAAAUCAUCCCUGAUUUUCUUGGUGGAGAGUGCAUGUGUGAAGUGCCAGAGGGUGGGCUGGUUCCCAAGUCCCUCUAUCGGACAGCAGAAGAGUUGGAAAAUGAAGACAUAAAGCUUUGGACUGAAACAAUCUACCAGUCUGCAAGUGUCUUCAAAGGAGCUCCACAUGAGGUUCUCAUUCAGAUUGUGGAUGCCUCGUCUGUCAUCACAUGGGAUUUUGAUGUGUGCAAGGGCGACAUUGUUUUUAACAUCUUUCAUUCCAAGAGAGCCCCACAGCCUCCUAAAAAGGACUCUCUAGGAGCUCACAGUAUUACUUCUCCUGGUGGGAACAAUGUCCAGUUGAUAGACAAAGUCUGGCAGUUGGGAUGUGAUUACAGUAUGGUGGAGUCUCCCCUUAUCUGCAAAGAAGGGGAAAGUGUGCAGGGAUCACAUGUGACCAGGUGGCCUGGCUUCUAUAUCCUCCAGUGGAAAUUUCAUAGUAUGCCUGCCUGUGCUACAACCAACCUGCCUCGUGUGGAUGAUGUAUUAGCAUCUCUACAGGUCUCCUCUCACAAAUGUAAAGUGAUGUACUAUACGGAAGUAAUAGGAUCUGAAGAUUUCAGGGGAUCCAUGACCAGCCUUGAAUCAAGCCACAGUGGAUUCUCCCAGCUCAGUGCUGCCACCACCUCUUCUAGCCAGUCCCAUUCCAGCUCCAUGAUUUCCAGGUAGUGCCACAACAGAUGAAAAGCAAAUGGAUGAGAUGGCUGGACCCUCGCCUGUGGCAGCUGACUGCAAUACACCAUAUUCAACUGGCAAUUGUGCAAAAAACCCCCACCCCACUAAAGCCUUUUAUAGAUAGUAAAGUAGCUGUUUGAAUUUUAAA